UCUGCAUCCUGAGGAGACACUAGCGAGUGGUCUAAGGAGGUGUAAAAAAAAAACCGAAACCCUAAGUAUCAAAAAAGAAAGGGUUCUCCCAAUUAGCGCCGCCAACCUUAGUUGCAGCCUGAUGGAGCCUGACGGCCAGAAGCGAUUUCAGAUCGGGCCCAAAGUCGUAGUUCAUCUCGACGCGGAGUUCAUACGUCGCAUGGCGAUUCCGCGGCCUAAGGAUCCUGAUGACCAAGAGUACAUGGAACAUGUGGCGUUCUGGGAGGCCAUACUUGGAGUGCAUCCAUACUAUCGGAGUAGGAUUACUGGAGAUGAAGUGUCAGAAUGUUACACAAGUUUGGUUGAGACCGUGACGUCGGAGCAAGAGGUGGGUGAGCACAAAUUGGAGGCUGUGGGAGACGACGCUUCCUUUGAGACUCAAGGCAGGCACCUAUGCAUUACUUACUCCCUAUUUUGGAUCAAUUAAGUAUAUGUGUCUUGUUUGCGCAUGAGUUACCAUGCUUUAUCUAUAUGUAUCAAUGUUUGAUUAGAACCUAUUUGAUGCAUUACCAACCUUGAUUAGAACAUAGCCAUCUAGGUGAGUAUGAUUGUGUAAGGGUCACGAAUUAUAUGCUUAGCCUUGCAUAGUCUCGGUAGAAGUUGAGAGGUGGCAAGGUCACGACCACUCACGAGCUAUAGGAAGUAAUGUUUAAUUCUACCUUCUUAGUUGGUGAUGAAUAAAAUUUGAGAAACUAUGAAUUAUGAUUUGGACUUUAGCAAGAAUGGUAGAGCC